AUGUUUCUGAGGACGUUCGUCCGAGUUGGAAUUGCCUUGUUAGCCGGUGUGCGCAUAACUUGUGCUGUCUCUGUUAAUCUCGACACUACAGAAGCAGGGCUCAUCAAUGUUCAAUUUAAGGCCAAUGCAUCUGGGAUUCGCUAUGUCAAGAAUUCAGGAAUCUGCGAGACGACUCCAAAUGUUACGCAAAUUUCAGGUUACAUUGACGUUGGGACAAACAUGUCUAUGUGGUUCUGGUUCUUCGAGUCUAGAAACUCGCCUGAAACAGCCCCAUUCACUCUAUGGUUGAAUGGCGGCCCUGGAUGUUCUUCUAUAAUCGGAUUAUUCCAAGAGAACGGGCCGUGCUUAGUGCAUGCCGACCGUAAUUCGACCACCCUUAACUCCUACAGCUGGAAUAAUCUUAGUAAUAUGAUUUACAUCGACCAGCCAAUCGGGACCGGAUUCUCUUAUGGUUUUAAUAUAGUAAACAGCACGGAUGCCGCUGCACCUUAUGUAUGGACUGCAUUCCAGGUUUUAUUUGAAAGCCAGCUAUUUUCGAAAUAUGCCAGUCGAGAAUUCAUUUUUGCUGCAGAAAGCUACGGCGGUCACUAUGGUCCCAGUUUUGUGACCUACUUCGAAGAGCAAAACGCUUUAAUUGCUGGUGGAGCUAUCGAUGUCGUUCCGAUUUUUGUUAGCGCUCUGAUGAUCAACAAUGGAUGGUUUGAUCCGCUCACUCAGAUGAUCGCGUGGCUGAACUUUGCGACCUAUGCUCCAGGCUAUGGACAACUCCAGCCAGAUGAAGUACUCAAGAACAUGUCAGAUGCCCUUUAUGGUUCUAAUGGUUGCAUAGCACAAGAGAAAGCCUGUUACGCCGCUGGAAAUUCCACCAGCUCAAACAAGAUUUGCCAAGAUGCUGAUGAUUACUGCAUUGAUAAUCUUUACUACCCUGCUGUAGAGGGCUACGACCAAAAUGAUUUACGUCAAAAUUCAUCUGCUUUAUUCCUCCCUGAAUAUUAUGUGGAUUAUUUACGCGAGAAGCAUGUCAUGAAGAAGAUUGGUGCUGAGGUCAAAUAUGAGGAAUGCGCAAACGCACCCAUGAAGCAGUUUGCAAAGACAGGCGAUGAUGCUAGGACUUGGCUGCCCCAGCUUUCGGCUUUGGCCAACUCUGGGAUGAAGAUUUUGAUUUGGGCUGGAGACGCUGAUAUCAACUGCAACUGGCUUGGGGUUCAUGCAUCAGUCCUAGCAAUGGAUUGGUAUGGCAAUGAGACACUCCAUAACACCCCAUUCACCAACAUGACGAUCAACGGCACGCCUGUUGCGGCCGUGCAGAAUGUUGAUAACUUUUCCUUUGCACGGGUGUAUGCUGCUGGACACCUAUUGCCUGCUUUCCAGCCCCAAACAGCACUGGAGAUUUUCUCGCAGGUUAUUCGGAAGGAACAACUUCAUUCCGUCUAA